CCAAUAAAAUCAAAAGAAGAAGAAGCUCUCUCGACGUUGUCGACUCUGGAAACAGCACAAACCCUCCGCUCGACUUUCGUCCUUCUGGAGAAAUGGCAACGACUGUGAAACUGAACACCGGUGCACAAAUUCCCAUUGUGGGACUGGGGACAUGGAAGUCUCCCCCUGGCAAGGUCACAGAGGCGGUGAAAGCAGCCAUCUCAGCGGGUUACAGGCACAUUGAUGGAGCGUAUGUCUACCAGAACGAGGCAGAGGUGGGAGCGGGUGUUCAGGCCAUGAUCGAGGAUGGUGUGGUCAAGAGAGAGGAUCUUUUCAUAGUAAGCAAGCUGUGGUGCACUUUCCAUGAGAAGUCCCUGGUGAGGCAAGGCUGUGAGAAGACUCUCAGUGAUCUUAAAUUGGACUACCUGGACCUCUAUCUAAUGCACUGGCCCUUGGGUUUCAAGGCUGGCAGUGAGCUUUUUCCUUUGGACAGCACAGGAGAGACGAUCAGUGAUAAUACUCACUUCCUGGAGACAUGGGAGGGGAUGGAAGAGCUGGUGGAUGCUGGUUUGGUCAAAGCUAUCGGUGUCUCCAACUUCAACAAGGAGCAGAUUGAAGCCAUUCUCAACAAGCCAGGCCUCAAAUACAAGCCUGUCAACAACCAGGUAGAGUGCCACCCAUACCUGACCCAGGAGAAGCUAAUCAACUACUGCCACUCUCAGGGCAUCUCAGUGACUGCUUACAGCCCCCUGGGCUCCCCUGACAGACCCUGGGCUAAACCUGAAGACCCCUCACUGCUGGAAGAUCCAAACAUUAAAGCCAUUGCUGAGAAGCACAAGAAGACACCUGCUCAGGUCCUGAUCCGCUUCCACAUCCAGAGGAACGUGAUCGUGAUCCCCAAGUCGAUCACAGCUCAGCGCAUUCAGGAGAAUUUCCAGGUGUUUGACUUUGAACUAACUGAGGAGGAAAUGAAGACUAUAUUAGGAUUCAACAGGAACUGGAGAGUCUGUCCCAUGCAAUGGAGCACGAAGCACAAGGACUAUCCAUUCAACACUGCAUUUUGAAAAUGAACAAUGCUGAUUUUCCACAGGCUUACAUUGAAUGCUGGAGAUUGCUUCUCUACCCUUUAGACUGCUCGCUUUCCUGUUCUUCUAGUGUGGCCUUGCAUCAGAUUUUUAUUUUCAUGUUAUGUUUCUCAAAAGAAACAAUCUUUUGCUAACUGUUUCAUUUCCAUAAAAAACAGUAACCGGUUUAACACACACUCCAAAGAGCUUUUUAUACCCAACACUCCUUAAAUAGUCAUAUUUAAGUUUCUUAGCUUGUUUGAACACAUUUUUAUUUUUAUUUAUUUUUUAUUUUUUUUGCUUUCUCACUGACUCUUAGGCUGUGUUCGAAAUCACAUACUACAUACUCAAUCAGUAGGUACUGCAUAAUGCCGAUGAAUGAUAUAUAGUAUGCUUUACCAGCAGACGAUUCACACUGAAGUAUACUCAAGCAAGUCGUGUGACUGCAUCACAUGAUCGCCAUUGUGAUUGUCUGAAGAGACACAUUACAUUACAUUACAUUGAAUAUGUCCAGUAAGCUCACGGCGCACACUCAGAAAUUCUUGCUAAUCUAGUAUACAUUGGGCAUUUCGUGAUUCUGACACUAACACUAACAGCCUUAGUGUUGAGUAAAUUCUAUGUAUUACUUUGCUGUCAGUGUGGCAUUUAAAGUUACUGAAGAACAAAAAUGUAUGCCAUUUAAAAUAUUUAGUAAGUAACAGUUCUGAGAACAGAAUAUACAAUAUACAAAAGCAUGGAUAUUCGUGUUUUAUUUGUUGUUUUACAUGUUUGUGAUACCACGGUUUGUGGUAUUUUUCAUAGCACAAAUGUGACACAUGCAGAGAUGUGUCACACAUCACAGCACUCCUCAUGUAACUAAACUUGUUUUUUCUUCCAACUUCAGUGUGUGAACAGGUUUAUUUUUACCGCUCAGGCGGAGGCAUUAGUGCCUUAGCAUAUAGAUUUGACGGCAAAAUUGAAAGCACUUUUGUCUCUGUGACAUAUAGAACAUAUUACCUAAACUUGUCUUAGGAUGACAAAGUACUUCCCACUCUUACUUGUGAGUCAUAUGGCACUUAAUAAUCAUGUGUAUUAACCGAAACAGUUGCUUUCACUUCCCCAGUGAGCUGUUUUGUUAAGCGCUGGAAAUAAAGUCCUGUGGGAGAAAAUAUAA